GGAUGCUCGCACGUCCCCACUCCGCCCGCUCGCUAAGCUUCCCCUCCCCUUCUUCUCCCCACUCCUCCUCGCCCAGCCCAACCGGGACCCCCAACCAACCCCCCCACCGUUGCCGUUGCAGAGCCCGCCACGCCACGCCGCCCAUGGACUACGAGCGCAUCCACGACCCGCCCCACCGCCAGUCGGGCGGAUUCUCGCCGGCCAAGCUGCGAGCGAUGCUUCUCGGGCUCGAGAAGCACCAGCACUCCGGCGAGGACACCUCGCCCGAGGCCAACGACUCCGGCGAGCUCGACGACCGGAGGAGCUUGGAAUGCUCCACCUCCACCGAGAUGUCCAGCAACAGCGGCCACAGAUCAAGGAACCGGGCUCCGGAGGACGACAGCUUCGACUCCGAGAGCAGCUCUUCGGGGCCGACAACGGUUAAGAGGGCCGCGGCGGUGUCUGCUCUGCUGCCGCCGUUCUCUAGACCGACGCCGUCGAAAUGGGACGACGCCGAGAAGUGGAUUUCGAGCCCGACGGCGAACCGUACUGGCCGUGUGAUGACCGCCGCAGGGUUUGCGCCGAAGAAGACGGCAUUUGCUUUACCUGAGCACGGUGCCUGCCCGCCAGCCGCUGCUAAGGUGGUCGCCGAGGUGCCGAGAAACACCGGAACAUUGACUGAUAAUUCAGUUGGUUCCACGCAGCCCGAUUCAAUCAAACCUGCAGAAACUGCCCCAAUAGUCGACGAACCAGAACACGUAAUUCGGUCUGUCUCGAUGAGAGAUAUGGGAACAGAAAUGACUCCGAUUGCCAGCCAGGAGCCCUCUCGGACUGGGACUCCGAUAAUAGCAUCCAGCCCUACCUCCACUAGGACGCCAACUCCUAACCGGAGCGUAGAAUUUGGUGUUGGUACAAUUGAUUCCAGCAAGAUGGGCAUGUCUGAGGAGGAGCUACAGUUGAAUACCAGGAAGGAAAUCAUGGAUCUAGGCGAACGGCUAGGCAAGACGACCAUAGCUGCAUGGGCAAGCAAGGAAGAGAGAGCUACCGCAAAUUUCGCAAAUGUUCCAGCUGAUAAGGCUGUAGAAAUCGACAGAGAGACCCGUGCUGCAGAUUGGCACGAGGCAGAGAAAGCAAAGUAUCUUGCAAGGUUUCAGAGGGAAGAGGUAAAGAUCCAAGCUUGGGAAAAUCACCAGAGAGCAAAAAUUGAAGCUGAAAUGAAGAGCAUAGAGGCGAAGAUGGAAAGAAAGCGAGCUCGCGAGCACGACAGGCUUGCGAGGAAGCUGGCAUCAGCGAGGAGCAGAGCAGAGGCGAAGAGGGAGGCCGCGGAGGCGAGGAGGAGCCAAGAAGCGGAGCGAACGGAUGAGCAGGCGGCGCAGAUCCGUAAGACCGGGCACAUACCUUCCUCAAUCUCCUGCUGGUGCUGGUGCCUAUGAUAAAUCCCAUGCCUCUGAGCAUCGUAGAAAUGUUUCUCCUGAAAACGACCAUUGUAAAAAUGCUACUGGCUCAUCUUUUACCAGCAAGGAAUGCAAAGUGUGUCGCCGUUUUCGUCC